AUGAGAAUUAACAUUGUCUCUAGGUGUUGGUGUUGUGAUGAUAAAAAUGAGGAGACUAUUGAGCAUCUUUUUCUAACAUCCUCUAUAGCUAAAAGGCUAUGGAGGCAAUUUGCUAUUUUUGCAGAAAGGGGUAAAUAUAAAUGUAACACAGAUGGGGUAUGUUUGGGAAACCCAGGUAUUAGUGCUAUUACUUUCUGCAUCAGGAAUGAAGAAGGGAAUUUGGUUUUUGCAAAAGCUAAAGGAAUAAGGGAAACUACUAAUAUGGAGGCAGAGAUUACAACAAUUGCAGAGGCUUUGACAUAUUGUCAAGCACAGAACAUAAAAGGAGUUACCAUUGAAACUGACUCUCUUAUCUCUCAAAAGAUGAUUCAGGAUCAGUGGAAAAUUCCGUAG